AUGAUUACUAACUUUAUAAUUUUAGUAUAUUUGGCAUCGUGGACCUUGUUCAUUCUAAUGAUGAUAUUGAUUGGAUAUCUAAUCGAUAAAUCAUUUAGAUUAGCUUCAAUAUCUCCUUAACUUAACAACAAAACACCAGCUGAAACAACUUUUGCAAUUCAACCGAUUACAUCAAAAAUAUAAAAUCAAACUAGAACAUAAUAAAUAAUUAGGCUUGAAAACAAUGAAUUAGAUGAUUUUUUUAAUAAUCCAGGAGAUAAUUCACCAAAUUUGAAUUAAGAUGAUUAAUUUUAUAGCAACGCGGAGAGAAAUAUCACAGAAUAAAAUUCUCCAGUUCGUUUAACAGUAGAAUCUAAACAGAUGUAAUCUCCCAGAACGAAUAGAACACCCCAAAGAUCGAAUACGUUAAGAAGAACUAUUUUGAGAAAACCAACAAUUGGUACAUAUGAGGGAAUAGAUACUAUAUAGACUACGAAUAGGAAAAGUUUAAGGACUUCUCGAAGAGGAUUAUCAUAAGUUCAAAAUGAUCGAAGUAGUGUGGGUGAUUCUACUCCCAGAUCAACAAAUCAAAAAUAAUUAUAAAAUUAACCAAGAAUUUCCCAGUUUAGUAUUCUUGGAAAGCUUGAACCGAUCUAAUAAGAUCCAAAUUAUAUUAUACCAAAACCAGAAAAUGAUAUUUAUGUAUAAAUUGAAAUAAAAAUAGAAAUGUCAUUAAUUUAGUAAAAUAUUUUAUUCGCAUAAAGAGGGGAUUUCACGAAUAUUUAUGCUCUUUACAAUAUAUUUUCGAUAAUUAAUUUGUUUGGAUGUGUCAGGAGUGCUUUUACGUUAUCUUCCAAAUCUCAAUUUUUGGAUCAUUAUUGCAAUAACAACAAGCUCUUGUUUGA